UCCGAUAUAAUUUAUGGGCGUUGAUUUCCUGUCUCGGUUUGUUUUCAGGUCCCGCUGAGUGUGUGUGUUAUGUGUGUGCGUGUUGCAGCCUACGUGUGUGUUGCGUGUGUUCGAGAGUUUGUGGUGUGGUUGUAAACGUUGACAGCUCGGAUACUGUCACCGCCUUGCACCACAGGCAGGCACCGUACGUCCUACAUGCGAGUAAACGUAGCGGUUCCACAAUCGUCGGCGAGCAAUGACCGAAAGCCCCACGACCAAGCUAGUCAACGGAGAUGGGUGUCCGCGUGUAAAGAACGGACUGAAGCCGGAGAGAAACGGCUUGGAAAAGAGCCUCCACUGCUGCCAUGAGCGGCAGCCCAAGCACCACUGCCACCCCGAGGAGGAGGAGGUCCAUGCAGCAUCACAUGGUGGCCUGUACAGCCGGCCCUUCAUUGAGUCUUUCGAGGAGACGCCCAUGCUGGUGGCAGUGUUCACCUACAUGAGCUACGGCAUUCUGACCAUCUUCGGCUACCUCCGCGACUUUCUCCGUCACUGGAAGAUCGAAAGGUGCAACAUCGCCAGGGAGAAGGAGGAACAGAAGGACUUUGUGCCGCUCUACCAGGAUUUUGAGAACUUUUACAACAGAAACAUCUACAUGCGUAUAAGAGACAGCUGGAACAGGCCCUUAUGUAGCGUCCCGGGGGCCAAAAUGGACCUGCUGGAACAAGUCACCUACGACUACAACUGGACUUUUCAUUACACAGGUCGGGUGAUGCAGGAUGUGAUUAACUUGGGCUCGUAUAAUUACCUCGGCUUCGCUGACAACACCGGUCCGUGUGCUGACUCCGCAGCCGAGGCCACCAUGAAGUACGGCGUCGGAGUUGCAAGCACCAGGCAGGAGAUUGGUAACCUGGACAGACACGAGGAGAUGGAGAAACUGGUGGCUAAGUUCCUGGGCGUGGAGUCAGCCAUGACGUUUGGGAUGGGGUUUGCGACCAACUCCAUGAACAUACCGGCACUGUCUGGCAAGGGCUGUCUGAUUCUGAGUGAUGAACUGAACCAUGCCUCUCUGGUCCUGGGUGCCAGACUCUCCGGGUCCACCAUCAGAGUCUUCAAACACAACAAUAUGCAGAGCCUUGAGAAACUGCUGAGAGAGGCCAUCGUUCACGGGCAGCCCAGGACUCACCGACCAUGGAAGAAGAUCCUCAUUGUGGUAGAGGGCAUUUACAGCAUGGAGGGAAGUGUAGUGCGCCUGCCAGAAGUGAUUGCCCUGAAGAAGCGCUACCGGGCCUACCUUUACCUGGACGAGGCCCACAGCAUAGGGGCGCUGGGGCCGAGAGGGAGAGGGGUAGUCGAUUACUUUGGCUUAGACCCCUGUGAUGUGGACGUCAUGAUGGGCACUUUUACCAAGAGCUUCGGCGCUGCAGGGGGAUACAUCGCAGGGAAAAGGGAGCUUAUUGAGUACCUGCGCUCCCAUUCCCACAGUGCAGUCUACGCCACCUCCAUGUCUCCUCCGGUGAUGGAGCAAAUCAUCACUUCUAUGAAGUGCAUUAUGGGAGAGGAUGGCACAACAAUGGGCUGUGAACGGGUGCGACAGCUGGCAAAGAACACAGUCUAUUUCCGCAAGAGGCUUCGAGAAAUGGGCUUCAUCAUCUACGGCAACGAGGGCUCACCUGUCGUACCCAUGAUGCUCUACAUGCCCGCCAAGAUAGGAGCGUUUGCCAGGGAGAUGUUGAAGAGGAACAUCGGGGUGGUGGGCGUUGGCUUCCCCGCUACACCCAUCAUCGAGUCCCGGGCACGCUUCUGCAUCUCAGCCGCCCACACAAAAGAUGUGCUCGACACGGCGCUGAGUGUCAUCAAUGAGGUAGGAGACCUUCUUCAGCUCAAGUAUUCCCGACGCAAAAUACAGCCGUCUUUGGCCCGGCCCUUUGAUGAUAAUGUGUAUGAGGACAUUGACGACUGACGAACCACUCCGCUCCUAAAGUGGCGUGAACCAGAACAACCCCAGAAAACAUAGAACAGGUCAAGAUGGAUUCACAAGUCUUCCACAAGGACCGAGAUGUGGACAGGUGCCCCUUGUCACUCGCUUGCCAUAAUGUAACCCCCCCCAACAAAAGGAAAACACGUAAAACUAUUGUCUUAUUCAACUUUGCCUUACAUAACCAUGCCGAACUUGGUGUGUGUGUGUGUGUGUGUGUGUGUGUGUGUGUGUGUGUGUGGAUCUAAAGUGAACUUCAUCGGGGUAAAGUUAGAUUACUUUCGAACAUGAAUCAGAAGGCUUGUUCUUUCAUCAGUACCGUUCAGAUCAGUGAUCACUGCCAUAGGCCGAUAGCAGAAAGCACUGGAUGUUGCAAUGUUUACACAAGGCCGCGUGAGUGACCAGAUUUCAUUCCUGUUUGUUUGUUAGCAAGAUAUCGUACCAAGUAAAAUGGAUUUUAAGGAUUAUGUAAAUAAUGAUCCAGAUCUGGACUGCCGUUGGACGACUAUAGAGUUACAGCUUACUCUAUUAAAGGUCCCUUGGCAUGAAAAUUUCACUUUGAGUUUUUUUUACCAUUAAUAUGCGUUCCCCCCCAGCCUGCCUAUG